CAGGCUGGCUUAAUCCUGCUUCCUACUCUGAGUCCUGCUUUUUGAAGACAGUGGGAUUUCACAAGUAUAAGGAUAACAACUUAUACCAGACUAGUCUUCUGUGUUUGUUUCAAACUGUUUGGUUGCCUAUUUCAAUUGCUGUUGCAGUAGCUCCCUCUCUUCUUUCACCAGCAGAGCACCACUCUUGCUGCACUUCUCUCAAUAUGUUGGGGUAUCAAAAAGUUGGGGUUAAAUAGGACUAAGGGAAACAGCUGUUUUACAGGGUGAACGCUUACUUUUUCAUUUGUCUGUCUUGCCGUCCUGCUGGGAGUAUAUGGUUUUUUGCUUUCACACAGUAUACGCGUCAUCGAGGAUGUCGGUAUUUGGCUCGCUUCGUCUAUUCGUUAAUGCUAGAAGGAGGCGGCAUCAUCAUUUUUGUAUGCAACAAGGAGCAGGUAGCAUCAUGAGUUUAGCAUAACAACAAGGAGCAGGUAGCAUCAUGAAUUUAAGAUAUAUGUUGGUAUCAUAGCUUUACACUUGGUACAACGGCAAGCGGACAAAGCUGUGAGCUCACCCGGGACCAUGGUUGCUUCUUCCUGGAAGCUUCCCAGAAGCUGUGAUGAUUGACCCAUGUGGCUUGUUAGGCUCCCCUCCCUCACUCUUAUCCAAGAUUGUUAGCUUCAUUUCUCUCCUCCUGCACUUUUCACGGUGAGCGCUCCUCCACGUCAAGCAGCACCGAUCCAGGGAAAUUCAGCAAAGCUGAGGAAGAGAGAACUAGAGCAGAGAGUAACAGGCGGAACAGAACACUCUGUUAUGAGGAUGUGAAGUAGCUAGGAGGAUGUCCAAACUCUAACCACCAUAAACUUAUCUACCAUUGGGGUCAUUGCUGCCAUCAGUGAAUGUAUCAGCUUGUUUCAGAUGGCCAAAUAUUCUAUUUCAUCUGUGCGGACAAAGCUGUGAGCUCACCUGGGACCCUGGUUCUUCCUGGAAGUUCCCCAGAAGCUGUGAGAGUUUACUCCUGUAGAUUGGUAGGCUACCCUUCAUCAAUCCAUCCAACAUUGUUAGGUUCAAUUCUCUCCUGCUCCUCCUGCGCGUUUGAAAGCAAGCGCUCGUCCACGACAAGCAGCAUCGUUCCAGGACCAAAAUAGAUUUCCAGACUCCUGCCACCAUGAGCUUAUCAGCCAUUGGGAUUGUUAGUGCCAUCAAUGACUGCGUCACUUUGUUUCAGUGGGCCAAAUCUGCUAUUUCAUCUCUUCACUCCAGAUGGAGUGGCUCAGAGGAACAAAGUCUCCAGGAUCGUGUAUUACAGUUGGAGAGUGGCCUACAACUUCUCAGGGAUACUCUUCCUGCAAUGCACGACCUCAUUAAUAAAGCAGAGUGGAGAAGCCAUGAACAUGGUGUGGCCAAGCUCCUCGCGUAUCUCAAGGAUGCAGUGUCUGAGGCCGAGGACCUUCUUGACGAGUUCACAUGGUACGAGAAGAAGGUGCAAGUAGAGGGUGAUACAAGCCGAUCUCCUUUCAUUGAAUUCUUUGAAACGGUCGUCCUAGGCAGCUUCAACAAACUGAAUGCUGUACAGUUGAGGUUGAAUCAUCUUUCAGUUCAGCUGGAUAAUAUUGGGCUUCGUGGAGUUACACAACACUUUGACAAAUUAGUCAGGCCGGAGACCACCUCUUUGCCAAAUGAAAGGGAAAUAUUUGGUCGUGACAAGGAGCUGAAGCAGGUAUUGGGAUUUCUUAAUGUACCUGCAAAUUUAAAACGCAAGAGAGCAACUAGUUCCAUUAGUGCAUCAACAAGCGCGUCAGCAAGCAACCAUGUUGACAGUGAAUCAAGAAUAAUGAGUCUUCCUGUUUUGCCAAUAGUUGGCAUUGGUGGUGUUGGAAAGACUACUUUGGCCCAACAUAUUUGUAGCCAUCAUCUAGUGAAGUCUCAAUUUGAGAAGAUAAUUUGGAUUUGUGUCUCAGAUGACUUUGACGUCAAGAGGUUAACUGAAGAGGCCAUACAAUCCUGUAUAAGAAACGCAGCACCAACUGAUAAUUUGGAUCCUCUUAAGUGUGCUCUCUCUAACAAUAAUUUGGAUUCUCUUCAGCAUGCUCUCUCUAAGCACGUGAACAAUAAAAGGUUACUGAUAGUCCUUGAUGACAUGUGGGAUGAUUCCUUGAAGGAAAAUGGGCAGUGUUGGAGGAGGUUUUGUGCACCUUUUACAAGUGUCCAAGAGGGAAGUGUGAUGUUGGUCACCACUAGGUGUCCAAAUGUUUCUAAGGGGGUGGGCACAAUGGAGCCCAUUAUAGUUGAAGGUCUAAAUGAUGACAUAUUUUGGAAAUUCUUCAAAUUAUGUGCGUUUGGAUCUGAGGGUUCUAAUAAUGAUCCUGAGUUAGAGCGCAUUGGUAGAAGCAUACUUCCUAAAUUGAAGGGUUCUCCUUUGGCUGCCAAAACUCUGGGGCGUAUGUUAAGCAUGGACCUUCAAGCAUUGCAUUGGAAUUCUAUACUUGACAGUGAACUAUGGGAGUUAAAACAAAAGGAAACUGAGAUUUUGCCCGCACUUCGGUUGAGCUACAUGUAUUUACCAUUCUAUUUGAAGCAAUGCUUCGCAUUCUGUGCUGUUUACCCCAAAGAUUACAUAUUUGAGAAGGCACGCUUAGCUGAAAUUUGGGUAGCAGAAGGCUUCGUGGAACCUCACGGUCAUGUCCCAAUUCAAGAUAUCGGCUAUCAGUAUUUUGAAGACCUUGUAGCACGGUCCUUCUUUCAAAAGGUUAAUGAUGGAUAUGUAAUCCAUGACUUACUGCAUGACAUGGCACAAAAAGUUUCAGAGCAUGACUGUUUUAUCUUAAGAAAUAAGAGUGACUUUGAUAAAGUUCCACUGAAUGUUCAUCAUCUGUACGUAAUCUCUAGCAGUAACUUUGACGAUUCCUACUUGUUGAGGCUAUGCAAGUAUACUAAGCUGCAUACCCUAAUUUGCAUGAAGAAUUUAGGGGGGGAAACAGGUUAUCUAAUGGACCAGUGGUGUACUAAACUUCUGCAUAUGCGUGUGUUUUCUUGUGCCUUCACAAAUGAGUUACCAGAUAGUAUUGGCAACUGGAAGCAUCUUCGGUACCUUGAAAUAUCCGGAGUUUGUUCUUUAAAGAGAAUUCCUUCAACUUUCUGCUGGCUAUAUAAUGUGCAGAUUUUAUAUGUCAAGGGAUGCAACAUAGAAAGCUUGCCCAGUGGCUUUGAUAAGUUGAUCAAUUUACAGAAAUUUGAAUCACAUGGAUUAAAAUAUUAUGUUGGGGGCCGCUCGACUCUUCAUUCAGCCGUUGGGUUAAUGAAGAAUCUAAACCAAUUCCAUGGACACUUGGAGGUAUCUAAUUUUGGGUUCCUAAGCAAGGAUCAUGCAGCAGAAGCAGAACUGAAGAAUAAGAAGGAUCUUGACCAGUUGACACUGAGGGUGCAUUCAGAAAGGCCUCAAACCAUCCGGGAUAAUGAGAUAGAACUGCUUCAAAAUAUGCAACCUCCUAUCAGUCUCAAGUAUAUAUUCCUCCAGAAUUAUGCCGGUGUCUCGCUCCCAAGCUGGUUUCAGCCACGAAACUUGCCAGACUUAAAAUCACUUAGGGUUGAAGGUUGUGUUGGACUCGAGAGCAUAUCAUUUCCCAUGAUCACACAGAGCAUCAACACAAAUGUGAUCCCUACAGUUGGUAUUUUCCUGUCCCUAACAGACGUAACCAUUCAUAAAUGCGAAAAUAUAUCAAGCAUUGAGCAUUUUCUGCAUCCAGAUUAUGUACCAGCCAUCAAGAAAAUAAGAAUUCUAUAUUGCAAGAUGUUAGCAUCAGCAACAACUGAAAAAUUUGGGGAUUUUCAUUUCCUUGAAGAACUGCAAUUGGUCCGUUGUCCAAACAUUUGCUCCCAAAGAAUGGUAUCGCCGUCCCUUAAGAAGCUCAGCCUGUGGGGUUCUGGUCUCUUUAACAACAUUGAGUGUUGCUCCCUCACCUACUUUCUUUUGAAAUGUGAUUUUGUCAUUUCCAUCCAAUUACAAAUGUGGAGUCUUCCGGCGCUAUGGAAGUUGCACAUUGAAUGCAUAUCUCUUACAUCUAUUGAAGGCUCUGCAAACCUUUCCAUUUCUACAGACACUGGCAGCAUUACAACAUUCUCCUCCCUUAAUGAGCUAACAAUUACACGCUGUGAUAAAUUGUCAACACUUGACGACCUCCUAACACAAGAAUACCUACCUGCUAUUGAGUACAUUCACGUCGAAUGUUGUCGUGAGUUACUGUCCUUACCAGGUGAAAGGUUUGGGAGUUUUCCUUAUCUGAGAAAUCUGGUGGUUAUCGAGUGCCAAAGUCUCAACUGGCAAAGGGGAUUGGUGUUUCCAUCAUCUCUCCAAAGGCUCAGGUUAGAGUGGUGUGGGGAUAUCUCUCCAUAUGUUCCCAGCUGCCUACAGAACCUCACAUCCCUCGUCUCACUGAGCAUUGCUGGAUGCCAGGGUAUAACAUCCAUCCCAGGUGACAUUUGGCACAGUGAUCUUGCAUCACUUGAGGAAUUGGUAAUUUGGGGUUGUCCAGACCUAGUUUCAUUUGGUGGAGUGAUGGCAGUUGCAAAAAUAAAAAAUGUGGUGAUAUACGGGUGUCCAAAGUUAAAGGAAGCUGAGCAGAUCAAUAGAAGAUCCCACCCAAGUACGAGGACGACUAGUUGAUAGGCGAUUGCGCUGGAACCCAUAGCUGCAGUACCUGGGAGCUGGAAGACCCGGGGACAACGAGAUGUCAUGCCCUUUGUCUCGCCAUCUCUAUCUAUAUAUCCGUGACUGCUUCUCCCUUAUUGCAGUUACAUUCUGUCAAUUAUUUUCCAUGUCUGUGGUGAUAACUAUGAGUUUCCACUUGGACAGUGAUAAACUUGUUGUAACCUAUGAACCCCAGAGUAUGCAUUUGUGUGUUUCCUUGCAUC